AUGGAGGUUAGGGAUCUGGUUGAAGGAGCCACUGAUGCCGAGGUCGUCUCCGUCGAGCCACCUGCGCCUUCCGGCUGGAAGAAGAAGGUAACGCGCCUCCUCCCUCGAGUUCCUUACUAUCUCCUAGCGAGGUGGUGCCAUCCCAGAGGGUAUGAGAGGAAGAGGAAAAAGAAGGGAAGCUGACCUAUUUCUUCUGCGGGAAGCCUUGAUCAGUGUGCUUCAACUGACUGCCUUUCAACCCCUCUGGUUAGCUCUUCAAACUCACUCGCUCCCUAUUUGUCUGUUCAAAUUCAAAACUUCAGUUGCGGAGAUCCUUCCUGGCAGCUCCUUGCGACGAAUCACACUUGAGGUCAACCAACUCCUUCCCUGCCGUUGUUCGUGCCUGUUUCUUGUCUCAAACUAUCUACGGUAGAUUGGGGCUCUCCCUCCUUUUGUUUUGUCGGGGUCUUUUUCUUCCUGCGGAUUGUUGAACUGUGAAGAACUUCAGCUGUUCCGGUUAGAAGAAGAACCCCCACACCCCCCCGCCCAACGAAGCCCGCGUCUCUCUCAUUUCGCUUGUUUUCCACAGCAGCGAGAGGCCGCCGCCUUAGCUCUGUUUCUUUGAGCUCGUCCCGGGUUCUCACUUCACCCUUUACCUGUAGCUUGUCUUCAGUUUCUUGUGGACGGUGGGAAGAGGGAAAAAUCAUAUUGUAUCUUGUGGGAAAAGGUUCUACCGCGGUGAUAGGUUGAAGCAACCAUACGAGCAAUCAGGACACCAAACCCAAAAAGUCGUUGCCUGGACUAUGCACAUGGUACUGUGUACAGAAGAAGAUCAGUCCCUGCUUGGUUGUUCCGGUUUUCUGAUUUGUUUUCUGGCAAGUCUCGUACACCAAUUUUGCUCUUUACAGAUUUCUUUUUUUUUCACCUGAAUCUUGUAAGUGCCCGAUCUGAAUUAAUUCCCGUCAUGCUUUAUGCCUCUCAGUAUCAUUUUAAAGGCGAUCAUAAACCUGUCGUCUUCUUUUUUGUUUGUUUUGUCACUACCGGCUUUUCAUUCCGUGACUGUGAUAGGCAGUCUCGAUGCUAAUGUGAAGUUGAUAUCUAGGGUACCACAAAUCUAGUAUAUGUGGAUGAACCUGGUUACUCUGGUUAUCGAUUUACAGUACCCAUUUUGCGGACCUUUUCUGUUGGAUUAUUGCUAUGUUCUGAGGCUCUUAGGUACGAAAAAGAAACCUAAAAUCGAUAUGGGUUGGCACCUUGGGGGUGAAUUCGUGUGAGGACGGGAGCCUGUUAGUCAGCAGGUGGAUUAGAUUAUCCCGACGCAAUUCGAACGUGGGAAGGCUGACCCGGAUCCAGUUGACGUAUGAGUAUGCGUCUCCUGCUUUUUAGGAGUCUUGUCCUUCGAUUUCAGCACAAGAUCCCUUUUAAUCGACUGUGCCUUUCUGGGUGGGGAAUCUUCUAUCCAGACAUGCCGUGGUCGUACACACAUGAGAUAAGGAACAGGAAGAGCGUUGUGGAGAAGGAGAGGGAGGGUGCCACAAAAUUGCACAAAAAUGUUUGCGUGUCCACUGUAUUAAAAAACGUGCACUAUGAUGUAGGCUAGUGUUAAUAUUUGCCCUCGACCGACUGGGCUGGCAAUGACCUAUGCAAAUCUUUAUGUAGGACGGUCCAAUCUCCUCUCGUGGACGGGGAUUAUGCCUAACAUCCGCAUGACAUCCGCUCGCGCGAAUUUUUACGAGAUUCCUUUUCAUUGCUGGUGCAGAUUGCUCCCGGCCGGGGAGGGACGCUGAAAAGGAACGAAGCUGUUUUCAUCGCACCUACUGGAGAGGAAAUAAACAACAGAGGGCAGCUCGUCGAGUAUCUGAAAUCGCAUCCUGGUGGACCUGCGAUUUCGAUAUUUGACUGGGGAACUGGAGAGAACCCCCGGAGAUCUGCAAGGAUCAGCGAAAGGCUGAAAGCAGCCCCCCCUACAGAAGUGGAGCCCAAGAAGAAACGGGCUAAGAAAUUAUCGGGCCCAAAGAGAGAUACUGGCGGGGCCAAAGUCGUUUCAGAAGGAACGCCGGAGAAGCAGGCUCCUGAUACAGAUUUGGGAGCGACCAGCAAGGGCCAUGCAGAGGAAAAAGAGGACGGAUCAGAAAAGGACCAAACUGUGGAAGUGGGUGAGGAGCCAGGUUCAGCCCCACCAAAAGAUGCUUCGGAAGGCAAGAAAGAGGACGUCAAAGAGAGAUCUGGGAUUGAAGCCUCUGGCGCACCCGUGGGUGCUGGGGGUCGAUUAGACGUCUCUGAAUCCAUCGCUUCUCCUCCCCAGGAGAUUAUGGCGGAAGGGAAGGCGCACGACGACGCUGAGAUUUUGGAGGAGCCACACGCCCGCGUCGAGGAGAAUGGGUCAGACGAGCUCCAGAAAGCUGGCAAAUCAGAUGAGGCCGUGGACGCCAGAGAGGAACAUGUGGUGCCAUCUGAGCAACAAAAUGGGACGGGACAGGGGGCUGCGUAUGAAGCACGCCUAUCCGUUGAAGGGGAAGCGGAGAAGAAGAAGCGCGGUGUGGUGAUCGAGAAUGGUGCCUGUGACGUGGAUAAUGCAGCCAUCUGA